UUCUGCUCUGCACUACCACCUGUCAAAUCCCGAUAGAUUUACUAUCAUGACGUGACAUUUGAGUGCAAAAUUCCAUUCGGUUUUAUUAUAAACAAAUAACUUAGACAUCUAACUACGAACCUGAGUUUUGUUUUUAGCAACAUGAACAGCUUAGGUUGGGCGAUUAUUUUCAAAAUGGGUUGCUUAUGUACGAAAGAAAGUAUAAACAUAAAUGGGACAAAGUACAUCGUUCUCGAUCAUAUCGCGCAAGGUGGCUUCAGCUUAAUAGAUUUAGUUGAGAAUAGCAUAACGAGAAAAAGAUAUGCCUUAAAACGAAUCACUUGCUACAGCAUCGAUGACCAGAACAUUGGAAUGCGUGAGAUAGAAAUUUGCCGAAAGAUUAAUCACGAAAAUGUUGUGCAAGUGGUUGACUACGUGCUUAAAGGCUCAGCCGAUAUUGUGAUAAACACAACUAGUCAAUUAUACAUGGUGUUGCCCUACUAUAAGAACGGCUCAUUGCAAGAUCAUUUGAAUAUUCGCGCGAGAACAAAGGAUUUCAUGCCGGAGGCACAGGUGCUGCAACUGUUCCUGGGAAUUUGUGAGGGGGUGAAGGCGUUGCACGAUGCCAAGCCCGAACCGCUGGCACAUCGAGAUUUGAAGACUGCCAAUAUCUGCUUGACAGACACUUUCGAACCGGUCAUUGUUGACUUGGGCUCGGCGACCGAGGCUCGAGUGCAGAUUUGCGGGCAGCAAGACGCACAACGACUGCAGGAACUAGCGGAAGAAAGAUGCUCCAUUGUGUAUCGGGCGCCUGAAUUGUUUUCGGUACAAAGUUACUGCAUGAUUGAUGAGAGGACGGACAUAUGGAGCCUGGGAUGCGUUUUAUACGCGAUGUGCUUCUUCAAAUGCCCCUUCGAUCCUAUUUACGAGAAGGGUGACAGUGUGGCGCUAGCCGUAUUGAGUGGAAACAUCCAUUUCCCGGAAGAUUCAGCGUACACGCACGAUCUCCAGGACCUGGUACUGUUCAUGAUGCGACUGAAUCCAAUGGAGCGACCAUUCAUUUACAGCGUGAUUGAGAAGGCUCAAGACUUGGUGUCGAAGCUUGAAAGCCGUGUGUAAGGAAUUAGCCGUCUUAGUAAGCUUAAGUCUAAAGAUUCGCAAUUUACUAUCGACAUGCAUCGAAAAAUAAGAACAACAUUUUUACCGCAAUUUGUUCUCCGUUAUUGUACCAUAUAAAUUUUAUAUUUAGCAAAUAGAGCCCAUUCCAGCUAUAAUUUAAUCGAGCAGCAUAGCUAAGUGAGGAUGAAUAUGUGAAACAGUUAAGGUCCUCGUGCGUGAUUUUAUGUACGAAUUUUAAUGUUCGAGAUUAAGAAUUAAAUGUUUUUUAUGAUCACUUGCAGCUGUAUUUUUGAAAAUAUUAUAUAAAUGUUCCAAACCCGA